UGUGGUUUUAGAGCGGAGCAUAACCAUUUGGCAGAUUUGGUCCUGCUUCAAGAUAUUCGGCUAUAAAGUAUCUUAGCAUUCAGAAGUAGGACCGAAACAUCAACUCUCCUCCAUAUAUUCAUGGAGGAAGAGAUUCGCCACAAUGAGGCAUCUUUGAGGCUCACAAAUGGGUUCCUCACUGUAAAACCGAUGAUGCAGCGGGAAAGGAGGAAAGUGCAACCUCCCAUACCAGCUACAUUGGAGGAUGCUGCUGGCUAUUUGGCAAAUGCAUCAUAUCGGAAAUAUUCAUUGGAAUUGGGGCCACAACAGAGACCAUUCUUCGAUGGCAUCAGGGAUGGAUGCCUCUUUUUUGUGUCCCCUGGUAUUCUAAGAGAGGCAAUUGAUGGGAAUAGUCUCCACUUGCACAUGGACGCGACAUUCAAAAUUGUGCCCAGAGCAGGUGGAACCCAUCAGUUGUUCAUCAUCCAUUGGAUGAGGGAUCACACGGUGAGCAUAACUUUUUUAUUAUUUUCUAGUUUGGCAUUUCUUAUUUUUUUUUUCCUGCAAGGCAUACACUGUGGUGUUUUGUAUGAUGCCAAACCGCACCAGGGAGACAUACACUGGGGUACUGCGAUACACCAGGCAAUUAUUUGGCGCCUCCCAUAUCUCCUCUGUCCUUUGUGACUAUGAGGUGGCCCUUAGACAUGCAGUUCGAGAAGUGUUUGCUGGAAUUUCCUUGAGAGGUUGCUGGUUCCACUUCGCAAAAAAUGUAUUUCUCAAAGCUCGCCAAAUGCAUAUAAAUGACGCAGUUGCCGUCAGAAUGGCUAUGGCCCUUCCACUGUUGCCCGCAGAACGAAUUUCUGAAGGGAUAGACUUCGUUUGCGAAAUAAU